GAAUUCCAAGAAGCUUUUCAACUGAUGUCUUCCAAAUCCUUGACUGAACUCUGUCACCAUUUCUCAUCUCAUGCAAAUGGUUGGAUCCACCAUGCUUCAGUGUACACAAGUAAGAAGAAUCGCAACACCCAGUUGAUCUACACGGUCAGUUGAUCCAUGGGGCCAACAUGAGUAUAAAGGAUAUGGCUUUGUUCUUGUUCAAACCUCACAGAAGCGUUCUCAAGCUCUUUACUUAGUACGCAGCUAUGCUAUUCAAGACUCUUGUCAUUACCAGCCUCAUAGGCUCUGGAAUCGCCGCGCCUGGUAUGAUUUUCAAUUGCGCAGACAACAUGCAGGACAUUUGCAACAACAUGUGCUGGGGCGCUUACUGCACUAAACCGUCAUUUGGAGCAACACUGAAGUAUGAUCGUUACGGAGGUACUGGAAAACGCGAUAGUGAUAUUGGAAAAGCUCGCCAAAAGUCGGCUGGCUGUCUUCCUAGGCCCAACCGUUGCAGCACUAGCGGUGGCAAUCCGAGAGCUGGCGAGAACUGCGACGAGUAUCCAUUCGCAAGCACUUCUGACGCCGACAAGGGUGGGCAAGUUAGCAAGUGUGUCAUCAGCAGGCACAAUAGCCGCCAAGGUCGCAUUAUCCAACAGUACUACGGAAGCUCUUGCAAUAGUCAGCCAUGCAAAUUCAUUGUCGGCUUCGGUAACCCGGCCGCAGCUGGGGUACAAUACUGCCAGGCUUACAGUAAUCCGCACGGUAAAUGCAUCAACAACCAAAUUGCUAAGAUAUACAAGAACGGGGCUCCGGAUGUGCGUCCCACAACAAAGAAGCGCUCUGAGCUUGAACCUGUGGCCCAGUCUGCGCUGUUCCGGAUGUCCAGCGGCAUGGAAGUCUUGUUGCCAAUCGAUACCUUGCUCAAUACCACAUUCGUGCACCCAACUGCUCGCAACAACACUAUGAAGACUUGGGUCGAAGACAAUGACGAGGAUGAAGAUCACAUCGAUUGGAAGUUUGUCGAAGACUUUGUCGCUACUAGACUCGAUUGAAGCUGUUUCGACACUUUCGCUCGAUCCAGCCGGGGUUCCUGCAUUCUUGAAGAAUCUCUACUCUCGUUUAAGCGAUUGUCUAUGUUGGGCUACGUAGGUGUCACUCAU